AUGUCUGGAAUAGAGCAUGCAUCCAACCAAAGCAUCAAGCCUUUUAAAUCAAGCGAAAAAUACCUCUGUGCCAUGAAAGAAGACCUGGCGGAAUGGCUGGGAGACUUAUACAACAUCGACAUUCACGUCAAUAAUAUUUUGGAUGCGCUGGAGACGGGUGCACUGCUUUGUGCGCACGCCAAUAACGUGACGCGGGUGGCGGAUGAGUUUCAGAGGACGGUCGGACCCGCGGAGAUGCAGCUGCCCGCUUCUGGAGUCACUUUUGUCAGCUCUGCCCAUCCAACAACAUUCCUGGCCAGGGACAAUGUGACUAAUUUCAUCAACUGGUGUCGAAAAGAGAUGGGCGUUCCAGACGUCCUGAUGUUUGAGACAGAUGACCUUGUCCUGCGUAAGAACGAGAAGAAUUUUGUGCUGUGUCUUCUAGAGGUGGCCAGACGAGCCUCUCGUUUUGGCAUGGCUUCACCGGUCCUUAUUCAGCUGGAGCAGGAGAUAGAGGAGGAGAUUCGCGAGGAGAUGGAGGAGACUAUCCAGCCCAAACCUCAGAGGCGCUUAAUAAAUAGCCAGAACCUGGACGAAAUGGUUAAGUUCCUGAUAAGCCGAUGCACCUGCCCUUCACAGUUCCCCAUGGUGAAGGUAUCAGACGGCAAAUACAGGGUUGGAGACUCCAACACUCUCAUAUUUGUGCGGAUCUUGAGGAAUCAUAUUAUGGUGCGAGUAGGUGGAGGAUGGGACACCCUGGAGCACUAUCUCGACAAACAUGAUCCCUGUCGCUGCACUUCUCUCAUCCAUAAAUUGACACAACAUCCAGCUACUCCAGUCCAUGAGAUUAAAGAGAGGUUAACUACACCCCAGUCUGAUGCCCAGUGUGGUUCUCAGACCACUCUUCUGCUGAGCCGAUCUCAGUCUCCUCUUCAGCCAGUUGUGUGGUCCUCUUCAUCGCCCUACAGAACCCAAAGAGCAGGUCCCUCACCACCGCGCUCAUCCUACUCCCCCGACCCUGAACAUCAGCCCAGCCGCCGGAGAAACAGCCCCUCUCCUAACAAAUUAAGGGAGAGACCAAGUACGCCGUCUCAUACGCACACUUGUACUGACAGUAAAGACACCAGGAUAACAGACUCCUCCAGUAGAAAAGGCAGAGAGGCAACACGGUCAUCUCCAACGCCCCGACUCUCUACUAGUCUCCCACGGGCUUCCCACUGUCCUACCACACCGCAGCCUGAGAUACAGCGUCCUCAAACUCCCCUGGUACUUCAGAGGAACCACAAUCAGAACCAACCCCUACAAGGCCCAGAGAAGAACCUGGGUCAAACCUGGACCAAAUUACACUUUGUCUCCAAACUGAGACAAAAUUCCUCAACUGGAGUAAAAGGACGAGAGUCACAGGAUAAAGCACAACUAAUCUCAAACGGGAAAGAAUGCUUAAGCCCAGUAAUACAAAGCUGGCUUCCAAAACCUCCAAACAUCACCAUACAAGAGCCUGAGGACAAUGGAGGUCCUCAAAGAAGUCUAGGAUUCUUUCGCACAUUUUCUCCCACGAAAGGGUUAACAGGUGUCAUAUCAGAGGGACAAUAUACAAGGCCGAGAACACCAACUAAGAAAUCCACAGGAGAUGGUUUUCUCAAUGCAAAUGAGAAAACCGAACUUGAGAAAAGAGGAAACCGAUCAGUCAAGGUACAGAGUCAGAUUCUUCAAGUGCCAAACACGGUGUCACACUCUCACAUUAAUAUCUCAAGUAAUUCUUAUAGAAGUGUCCCUGAUUCUCCGAAAUCCAAAACAGGAGGCAAAGAGGGAGGCAUAGAGGGUGGUUAUCUCUACACUCUGUCUCCACUCAGUCCUGCACAGGAAGCCAUUCUCUACAAGAGCCUAGAGGAGGAAAUCUUGUCCAAUCUGCAACAGUUAAGCAUCGACUCGGAUACCAACAGCAGCUCGGAUGAAAACCUUGCUGAGACUCCUCAGAGAUCUGGAGAGAUCUCUUCAGACCGCUGUAAAGUUCCUUCCCUCAAAAAGUCUGAAAAUCAUGAACAGACAGCACGUAUCCAUUCAUGCACAUCUCACAAACCCAACAGUGAUCAUGGAGCUAGUUUUGAUGCAGUCGUGGCAGAACUCUCUAGUGCACAACGAAAAAUGGAGAAGGCGUCAGUAGAGAAGUGGGUAACUACUCUUCCUGGUGGUCUCAACGGAAAGGUAAAGGAAGACCACACUGCUUCAUCUCACCUUAAGGUCUCCAAACCUUCAAUGACCACUUCCUGGUCCUCAUUGGGGUCCAGUAUGGAUUCAAAAGACACUGGUGAACUUGUGAAGGUGUCAAUGGAUGUGGAGAGAAAAAUGACUCGUGGUAAAGCAUCAAGUGAAUAUCCAAAAAAGCAAAAGAGUUCUUUGCUGAAGCAAAGAAGAUCCUUGAAGAAGCCAGAAAGGGUGCCGUCCAUCUACAAGCUGAAAUUAAGACCAUGCGUGCAACCUCGACGUGACCACAGAUCUGACCGGAAACCCUCAAAAAUUCCAAAACCAGUUUUCUACAAAAAAAUAAGCUGCAAAGAUGGAAGUUGUCCCAGACAGAGAGAGAACGAUUUCUCAAAUGAGCGUUUCAGCUCAGAGCACAGUAAUACUUGGACCAAACCCAAAUCUCAUGCUCAAGUACAGAGUGCUAAAAAGUGCCAAAGGACAAACCAGGAGUCGCAUGCAAAUCACGAUCUGGAAUCAUGGGUAUAAUUGACAGCCCAAUUCACACUUUUAGUCAUU